UGCUACGGGCUACAGGAAGGAUCAGAUCAAGUUCCGAGCACAUGUGCGCGUAGUGGCUGCUUCUCUGCGCCGGAGGGACCCCCAGCUGCUGAUUCCAAGAUGGGCAAGAAGCCCAAAGUGGGGAAGACCCGAAGGGACAAGUUCUAUCACUUGGCCAAGGAGACUGGAUUCCGUUCCCGUUCGUCUUUCAAGCUCAUUCAGUUGAACCGCAAAUUCCAGUUCCUUCCAAAGUCUCGGGCGCUGCUGGAUCUGUGCGCUGCUCCUGGAGGAUGGUUGCAGGUGGCUUCAAAGUUUAUGCCUGUGUCCAGUCUUAUAAUUGGGGUUGACCUGGUUCCCAUAAAGCCCAUUCCCAAUGUGGUAACGAUGCAGGAAGACAUCACCACGGAGAAGUGUCGCCAGGCCCUACGCAAGGAGCAGAAGCCAAAACACCGGCAGCGGAAGAAGUAAACCAUUUUGCCCUGCUGCUUCGUGGUUGCUAAGCGAGCAGGCCUCUUGCCACCCUUGAACAUGUCAGAAUUUCGAACUGCGCCCCAGGAGUCUCCAAGCAGCAGC